AGACUCCUCUACUUUAGAUCGAAAUCAUGCAGAUCUUUCGUCUAUUGCUAUUUGUGCUGCUGAUGGUCUUAAUUGCUAACCUUCAAGCUGACGUAGGAGAUGAUGCAAAAGAGGCAUCAGAGAUUGUGAAAACCGGAAUUGAAGCAACCAAUGCUAUUACCGAAAGUGUCUGGUGUCAAGGUCCUAGCUAAAUUUACUAAAGUAAUGGGUUCAAUUGCUCCGUUUCUGGCUGCUAUUGGACCACUUAUGGAUAUCAUAACCCUAUUUCUUCCGAAACAAGAAGAUCCAACUUUAACAUUCUUAAAAGAACAAUUUUCAAGAGUAGAUUCAAAUUUCAGAAAUAUGGAAAGACUUUUUGGCGAAGUUACAAAUCUAAUUAAAUCAAAGGCUCUCAAGGCGCAGUUUUCAGGGAUUGAACAAAAUGUCAACGCUUUGUCAUAUCGACUACAUAUGUUAAUGACAGCUCCAAAAGAUGCUGUCAAAGGUCAAAGAUCACGCUUUAUCAAUGCAUUUAGGGUCAGUUAUCAAAGUGCAGCCAAAAAAAUAUAUAAUGGUAUUAUGACAAAGCAGUCUUUCACAGACAAUAUUCCACAAGAAGCGAUGGCAUACACAAAUUAUGAUCGCAAAAAGAUGCAAACGGUAAUGGCUGGAUGCGUCGGACUUCUAAUGACAGCUGUGAAGGUUAAUCUAGCCUAUCUGGAGCUCUCAAAUAAGAAAGCAAGCUAUAAAAUGGAAAAAGUAGUGUGGGAGAAGCACAUCAAGGAAGUUCUCCAGAAAGUCAAAGCUGUGGAUAAGCAAGUCACUGAUGCAUGGGAAAGUCAAAAGUUGAAAGAUUUGGAAGGCCUAUCUGCACAAUACAAAGAUGAUAGUCACGAUCAAUUUGCAAAGCGAUUGUUCAAAUUCUACUCAAAGAAAUAUUACUGGAGGGAUUGGGUCGUCAUCGUAUACAACAAAAUGGCCCAAUCCUGGACUGGAAAUAAUGGGCAUGAUUUUAAACUCUGUGGAGGGAAUAAAUACUUGGAAAAAGAUGGAAGGAAUGUUUUGACGUCAAGCGUACCGAAAGAAAAAAGGAAGAUAAACACAGAACAUUACAAGAAACAAUUGAGUAAAGUUAGAACAGAGACAGUCGUAUGGGUUCAUUAUCCUUGGACAGCAAAGUCUGUACUGAAUCAGAUUAAAAAGUUUAGCAGAUCUGAUGUAUGCAUGCAAGCUGUCAUUUCUGACCGCGAAAGAUCGCAUGCCGAAAGUGCCCCUGGCCGCUUAGCCAGCAAGUGGAAAUAUUUUUACAACAUGUACGUCUUUGGAUAAAAUGUAAAAUGCAUGUCACCAUUUAUUAAAUAAAUUAUGAAGCAAAAGAAUGAAAAGAA